UCAGCGCAUCGGUCGUGGCCCUGUCCCUCCGACGUAUCCUCCUCACCAUCCCUUAGAAAGAUAUUUAAAAUCUGCUUAUCCCUUCGCUCUCUCUUACUUGCCAUCCAGACUCCAUUGAGAGGAAGAGAAAGGAAGAAGAAGAAGAGCUAAGAGAAGGAAAUUUAGAAAUGGUGAAGAUCUGCUGCAUCGGAGCUGGGUACGUGGGUGGCCCAACAAUGGCUAUGAUCGCCUACAAAUGUCCUGACAUCCAAGUCGUCGUCGUUGACAUCUCCGUUCCCCGCAUUAACGCCUGGAACAGUGAUCGCCUCCCCAUCUUCGAACCUGGCCUCGACGAAGUCGUCACUUCCUGCCGCGACAAGAACCUCUUCUUCAGCACCGACGUCGAAGCACACGUUGCUGAAGCCGAUAUUAUCUUCGUCUCCGUCAACACUCCCACCAAAACACGAGGUCUCGGUGCCGGCAAAGCCGCUGACCUCACAUACUGGGAAUCCGCCGCUCGAAUGAUCGCCGAUGUGGCCAAAUCCGACAAGAUUGUCGUCGAGAAAUCCACGGUUCCAGUCAAGACUGCAGAAGCAAUCGAAAAGAUCCUCACCCAUAACAGCAAAGGCAUCAAUUUCCAGAUCCUCUCUAACCCUGAGUUCCUUGCUGAGGGUACUGCAAUUGAAGAUCUUACGAAUCCCGAUCGUGUCCUUAUAGGCGGCCGAGAGACCCCAGAGGGCCAAAAGGCUGUUGCUGCCCUGAAAGCUGUCUAUGCCAGGUGGGUUCCAGAGGAUCAGAUCAUCACCAUGAACCUCUGGUCCGCUGAGCUCUCCAAGCUCGCUGCCAACGCCUUCUUGGCGCAGCGGAUCUCAUCCAUCAAUGCCAUGUCUGCCCUCUGCGAGGCCACUGGUGCAGACGUGUCCGAGGUGGCUUACGCCAUUGGCAAGGACACGAGGAUUGGAGGGCGGUUCCUAAAUGCGAGCGUCGGGUUCGGCGGUUCUUGCUUCCAGAAGGACAUCCUCAACCUCGUCUACAUCUGUGAAUGCAAUGGGUUGACCGAGGUGGCCAAUUACUGGAGACAAGUGGUUCAGAUCAACGAUUACCAGAAAGCUCGAUUCGUGAAUCGAAUGGUGUCGUCGAUGUUUAAUACUGUAUCCGGAAAAAAGAUUGCAAUUCUUGGGUUCGCAUUCAAGAAGGAUACCGGUGAUACUAGGGAGACGCCGGCGAUUGAUGUGUGUGAUGGAUUAUUGGGGGACAAAGCGGAGCUCUCGAUCUAUGAUCCACAGGUGACGGAGGAUCAGAUCGGGCGAGAUCUGGCGACGCACAAGUUCGAUUGGGAUCACCCGCAGCACUUGGUGCCCACUGGUCCUACGGCCAAAAAGAAUGUAACUUUGACUUCGAGUGCUUACGAGGCGGCCAUGGGAGCUCAUGGUGUGUGUAUAUUGACCGAGUGGGAUGAGUUUAAGACUCUGGAUUAUCAAAAGAUCUAUAAUGGAAUGGAGAAGCCAGCGUUUAUCUUUGACGGAAGGAAUGUGAUUCAUGUGGAGGCGCUGAGGAAGAUUGGGUUCAUUGUGUAUUCGGUUGGGAAGCCAUUGGAUGCUUGGAUUAAGGAUCUUCCAGCAGCGGCUUAAUUAGAACCGAAUAGUCGGCCACGGUGAUGAUGAUGUUUGAUUGUUUGUUUUGAUCUCAUGUCUUUCUUUGGUUUUUGAAAUUUUGAUUCAUAAUAUAUAUAGGAUUUUUUUUUUUUUUUUUUUUUUUUUUUAAUCCCUCCCUCCAUGCUUGAUCGUCAUCUUCAUCGAAUUUCGGUUUUGAAUUGGAUGGAGAAAUCAGUGUUAAGCUAUUAAUCGAGUAUUGAUUGCUCACUGUAAGCAGAGGAGAGUGAGGGGAUUUUGAUUUGAUUCUUGUCUUCCAGUCUUCUUUUCUUUGAUUUCUUUUAAUUAAUUGAAAUUUUCAUACUACUUAUUCCA